GCGAAGGGUUCUCCCAUCAAACGAAACGGAUAACUGCGCAUGUGCACUGGCGAGGCUAUCGGAAGUCAGGUCGGUCUCCACGGUAGUCCACAUCAAAAACUGAAAACAGAAAGAGCCAUGUCAGGGUUUCUGGAUGGGAUCCGCUGUGGAGACUGUGACUGCAAUGUUGACUGGGGGGAGAGGAGGAACACCAUCGCGUCCAUUGCUGCUGGAGUUCUGUUCUUCACGGGUUGGUGGAUCAUUAUUGAUGCAGCAGUGAUCUAUCCUCUGGAGGAAGAUUUCCAUCGUGCCUAUCACACCUGUGGGGUCAUAGCUACUGUGGCCUUUCUCAUGAUAAAUGCAGUUUCAAAUGGCCAGGUGAGAGGAGACAGCUACAGUGAAGGCUGCAUGGGACAGACAGGCGCUCGAGUGUGGCUCUUUAUUGGUUUCAUGUUGGCUUUUGGCUCCCUCAUUGCAUCCAUGUGGAUCCUUUUUGGCGGAUUUGUUGUGCCUGGGAAGGCUCAUACGUACCCUGGUAUUGCCAUUUUCUUCCAAAAUGCAUUCAUUUUCUUUGGGGGAUUGGUCUUCAAGUUUGGACGCACAGAGGACCUCUGGCAGUAAAGGGCUGCAUGUGUCGUUUAUGUCUGCACUCACACUCUUCGCUUUCUGUAUCGUAUGAAACAAAAACAGUUCAGCAUUUGUUCACUUGAUACAUUUUUUUAGCUUUCAAACUAAAAUGUUUAAUUUAUAAGCUUUGUAGUUUAUUAGCUGCAUUUUACCAACCACACAUUUUUAUAGAUGGAAUAUUCCAAAUGUGGCACAUGGGUUCAUACGUCUGCCUACGUUCAGACCUUAUAGCCAUGUUGGUGGCGUGUUAAACUACUUGUGUAUGACAAAGAUGUAUAUUGGGAGCUUUUUCUACCACUUCCUCUUUGGUAGACAUUUAUAAAUAUUCUUGAAUUUCUUUUUUUGGCUCAUGGAGUCUAAACUACAAAAGCUUUUCUGGUAGAUCUCAUUGAGAAAAAUGUUUCAUGUUAAUGUGUCUUUAGAGGGAUGUAAUCAUACGGGGUGUUUCUUUUUUUGUUGUUGUUUUUGUCUGUAGUAACCACAGUUCUCAUGUGUACACUCAUAGUUGUAUUAACAGGCUCACCUGAAUCCAGCAAAGGUGUCACAACAGAGCAGUUUUGUUGCUGUUAAAAAGACUUGUGUGUACAAGUGCCACAUCCAAAGCAUCAGAUCAUUUUCUGAGAACAUUAAAAAACUGACAUCAAUCA